AUGGAGAGAUCGUUGACUACGUACACCUGGAAUCACACAAAUAAACCAGACUUCAUCCUCAUGGGAUUGACAGAUUCCAAAAAAAUCCAGCUGGUUCUCUCUGUACUAUUUUUCCUGAUAUACCUGGCCACUGUCCUGGGGAACAUAGGCAUGAUACUGAUCAUUCGUCUAGAUACUCAGCUUCACACUCCAAUGUAUUUCUUCCUCACACAUCUGUCAUUUCUUGACCUCAGUUACUCAACUGCCAUCACACCAAAAACCUUAGAGAGCCUGCUAACAACAAACAAGAGCAUUUCCUACACAGAUUGUUUCACCCAACUGUACAUUUUUAUCCUCUUAGCAGCUACUGAAUGUUUUCUGCUCUCCUCAAUGGCCUAUGACCGCUACAUAGCCAUUUGUAACCCUUUACAGUACCCAGUUAUUAUGUCUUCACAGUGCUGCCUUGCUCUCCUCACUGGUUCCUAUGUAAUUGGAGCUGUGGAUUCCUCUGUCACUGUGUUUGGCAUGGUUAACCUGCAUUUCUGCAAGUCCAACAUCAUCCAUCAUUUUUACUGUGACACAUCUCCUCUUCUAUCUCUGUCUUUCAGUGACACACAUGUAGUUAAAAUCAUUAUAUUCAUUUUUGCAGGUUCCACAAUCCUGGGGUCCCUUAUCACAAUAUCUGUAUCCUAUGUAUCCAUUCUUUCUACUAUUUUGAAGAUAAAUUCCACUUCAGGAAAGCAAAAAGCUUUUUCCACUUGUGCUUCUCAUCUCCUCGGAGUGACUGUGUUUUACAGCACUCUGAUUUUUACUUAUUUAAAGCCAAGUAAGUCCUAUUCUUUAGGAAAGGAUCAAGUAGCUUCUAUUUUCUAUACAAUUGUGAUCCCCAUGCUAAAUCCUCUUAUUUAUAGUCUCAGAAACAAAGAAGUCAAAAGUGCUGUUGUUAGAUUAGUGAAGAAAAGACAAGGAUCUAGGAAGAUAAGAUAA